GGUUAACUCAAAAAACAGAAUCAACAAUGUCAGAUUUUGAGCCCCUGGAGCCCUCGUUAAAGAAUGUGAUCGACCAGACGACCCUAAAAUGGAUUUUCGUCGGUGGCAAAGGCGGUGUGGGCAAAACCACUUGUAGUUGUAGCUUAGCAGUCCAACUGUCGAAAGUCCGCGAGUCUGUACUAAUCAUAUCAACCGACCCGGCCCACAAUAUAUCGGACGCCUUUGACCAAAAGUUCACAAAAGUGCCAACUCUUGUAAAAGGCUUUAACAAUUUGUACGCCAUGGAAAUAGACCCGAACGUGGGUUUUAACGAGCUCCCGGACGAGUACUUCGACGGGGAGCCUGAAGCAAUGAGGAUGAGCAAGGGCAUCAUCCAGGAAAUAAUAGGCGCCUUCCCGGGCAUAGACGAGGCCAUGAGCUACGCAGAAGUUAUGAAGUUAAUCAAAAGUAUGAAUUUCUCGACCGUGGUGUUCGAUACGGCCCCCACAGGGCACACCUUACGGCUCCUGUCGUUCCCUCAAGUUGUUGAGAAAGGUUUAGGGAAGUUGCUACGAUUAAAAUUGAAGAUUUCGCCACUUGUGUCACAAAUUAGCGGCCUUUUGGGCAUUCAGGACUUUAACGCUGACACUCUCUCCUCGAAAAUGGAGGAAAUGCUGUCGGUCAUUAAACAAGUUAAUGAGCAGUUCAAAAAUCCUGACCAGACCACGUUUGUCUGCGUGUGCAUCGCAGAAUUUCUGUCGCUUUAUGAAACCGAACGACUGGUCCAGGAACUAACCAAAUGCAAAAUCGACACUCACAACAUUAUCGUCAAUCAAUUGCUAUUUAAAAAACCCGACGAAAAUCCGUGCAAAAUGUGUCUAGCAAGGUUCAAAAUCCAGGAGAAAUAUCUCGAUCAGAUUAAUGACUUGUAUGAGGACUUCCACGUCACUAAAUUACCCUUACUGGAGAAGGAAGUCAGGGGCGGGGACAACGUUAAGGCUUUUUCCGAGUAUUUAAUACACCCAUACACCCUUAAUUAACUUAUGUAACUUAUGUUUUUGUGUUGAAAUGCUUUAUUAUGGUUUUUUAGGUGAUUAAUAAAAAAACAAAAUACAAACAA